AUUCUACAAGCUAUGUGGAUUCUUAAAAAUAGCAAUUGAGCCGUAAAACCGCACGAACGAUACAGAGCAGUGGGACGAAAAAUCAAAUCAAAUAAUCCAUAUCAAUUUAUUGCCAAGACGUGACGUUUACAUUGCAACAGAAGCGAAGCAAGAAACGCGAGAACGCACAAAUUAAAACUGAAACAAUGCCUGUGUACGAUAAGAUUCAUAAGAACAACACUCUGCACUUUGUUAAACGACAAUGUGAUGGGUACUUCGGCUGCGAUUACGAAGACAGUUUUCAAAGCGAUGAUAAAGCUUUGCUGGAGGAUAACGCAAGCUGUGGUAAACCAAGCAACAUUUUGCCAUGGGUAAAAAGAAAAUCACCACCAGUAAUGUCGUUCCUCAAGAAAAUCGCAAGUUUAAAAAAGAAGAAUCGGUCAGCAACUAAAGAAAGAAACACGAGAGGGAAUGGACAAGGUUAUCAUACUUUACCAAACCGGAAGACAAAGGAUUUGGACGACAUUGCAGCUGGCUACAGGUCUCUUCUAUAUGGUUCAAGUUUCAAAACUUUAAAACGCGAUCAUUACUGUGAUGGCUAUUUCGGAUGUCCUCCUGUUCUGAAAAACUAGCGUUAGCACAAAACUAGGUGGAGAUUCCAAUGGAAAACACAUGUAGAAGGGAGUUUUAAGUUUGCCCGUAUACAAGCAAAUUCUCUGGAAUUUUACCGUGUUAUUAAUUUGAAAAUAAAAGAGAAGGUGAACGCAUGUAUUGCUUGUGUAACAAUUACAGCAUAAUAUAUAAUUAUGUAUUCAUUAAUUGUAUGUAAUUAAACGUAAUGUAAUACGAUAUACAAACUAUGUUCGUUGUAUCAAUUAAUGGAUCAUUUCACAUAUGUUCAUAAUUAGAUUUUUUCUUUACGUGAUUGUAGAAACAUAUCGCACCAGCAAUCGCAAAUAUCUAAAAUGAUUUAGAAUAAAUAAAAAAAUGAAACUGGGAAGCAAAA